AUGAGUUUCUUUUUGUCAAAAGAAAAUAUAUAUAUAUAUAUAUAUAUAUAUAUAUAUAUAUAUAUAUAUAUGCUAAUGGCAUGUGUGUCCAUUGCUUCAUCUCUGAAAAACUUUUAUUUUAUUAUUAUUAUUUUUUUUUUCAACGUAUUUGCAUUGUCGUGCAUUCUUCUAAAUACCGCAGUUUGUCUACAUAGCGACACGUUGGAAGAAAUCAUGGACGUAGAUUGGCUUCACACCCCCUCUUUUGGGGCAGUCGGCCCAACUUUUGGUGGUGACGGUGUGGCACGAGAUAAAACUGCAAAAACGGACGAGGUGGCAAACGGUGGCUCUUCGCCGAGUGACGGACCAGGAGUUUUUGUAGGUAUUGGUAUCAGCAGCAUUGCUGCCUACGUGAUUUACGCGAUGUACCGUGGAAGUCGAAGGGGACCACCACAACUCUUUUGGACCACCCCAUCCGUGAGAAACUCACGACCACCGUCUAAUUGUCAUGGGGAAGUGAGUAAUGAUGCAGAUGAUCAUGUCAUGCGACCGAGUCUAACACUAGUGAAUUUUCCUAAACAGAUGUGGGGUUUGUUUGAACGAUCUUUACGGCCGCUGAUAAAUGCUGAGGAGUUGGAACUGCAGGACGCACGUGUUGUGUUUUUUCAUGAUUUCACGGAAAUCACACCCAACAACUUGGAGGCCGUUGCUCGCCAAGAGGUGCUUUUGGCCUUUGAAGAUUUGAGGGGGACUCCCUGUGCGGUUUACCGUUCUGUUUUGGCGGUGGAUGGAGAGCCGAUAAAUCCCUUUUGGGGAGCCGAAGAAGCGGUGAAGGCGUCACGAGGACGUGCACUGCUUGAGUGCCACUGUAUUGGCUAUACCGUAGACGGUGGUCGGGUGGAGAUUCUUUCCCACGAUACGGAGGGGAUGGUGGGAGCUGUCAAUGAUUUUUCCUCUCCAAUGAAAACGGAUCUCCAUCUGGAUGACGUGGAUGAUGCGUUGCGACGUUGUUUUUGCGCGACCGCGCGGACCUUUUCUUUAGGCAAAGAAAAAGGAUGGGAUGCCAUGGGAGACUUCUCCUCUCGGGAUCCUGGGAAUUCCAUCAGCGGCCCAUACGCUCGAUCCUUUGGGGUGUUGUGGUUGAGUCCUGUGCCACUCUUUGCAAUGCUUGGGGCGGCUUUGCGAUACAGCUGCGCGGAGUUUGAUGGUUGGAGAAGGCUUUCUGAACCAGACAAUGACGCAUCGUCUCCUUUUUGGAUGCUAAGGCGAGUGUGGCACUGGUGGCGUGAGCGAAAAGAGUCAAAAUUGGGUGUGAAAAAGUAUGAAGGCCACCCAGGGGAUAAAUUUAUUGUGGAGAUUGAAUCUCUUCAAGAUCUAACGUGUAUUGAAACAACUUAUAGUGAUCUUUUAAAGGAUGCUUUGAAAAGGGCACGGCAAUUCGGUGUUGAUAUGGAAACUAUUGAAAUAGAUACAUUUCCUUCCGCUGUUGGUACGGUCUUACGCUGCUCGUUGCGUCCCGGCCUCACUGUAUUUCAGGCACUGCGGGAGACAUGGAGACUUACGGCGUUGGUAUCAUGCCUCAAGUGUGACGUGCAAAAAUUCCGUCUUCUUGUUGCUGUUAGGCUUCCAGAGGUGUCUAAUUCAAGAGCGAAUGUGAGAGACGCCCAUGCGUCCUGGCCACAUGUUCGGGUUUUUCCGGUGUCAAGAGAAGAGGCGGAGUCGUUUCGUCCGUCAUUUUUUUCUUCCGCACAGUACUUUCGUCUGCUGAAAGACGAUGAUUGCGUGGAGCCAGCGGAGGCGUUUCGGCGCAUUCAAGAAGGGAAUUUCUACCAGUUGUGUUACGUUGUCGCGGAAUACGUGACAGGGGAUUUUGAAAGUUGUUUGGAGGAGUGUGCAGGAGACGGAGGUGUAAAGAAGGCGAUUUGA